AUGGCGGAUCUUUGCGUCCCGUCUGACUACGGGCUCCCAGAGAUGGCAGAUCUCGAUCACUCACACGGCAGCAGGCAUCUGGAGGUGGCGCGCCGCCCGAUCCGACCUCUGCUACGGCCAGGGAGCCGAUGGAGACCUCUCCGUCCCGACGAGGAAGACUUGCUGCCCGUGGAGGAAAAGAUCUCGGCAAGUAUCCACCAUUCAUGCCUCGUAGUUGGUGGUUCUUUUGAAAAUUAUGAUGAAAGCAGAGACUCCAAGGAGGACGAGGUGGUUGAACUUCAAAAUGCCGAACUUGUUCCAAGUGAUAUUUGUCAUCACUUCUCUGCGAGAUGCAUUGGAUACAGUCUAGACAAUGCUGACCUUGAGCAUGCAAAGCCUAUUCGUGAGGCAUUGACAUACUAUUUGUGCACCCAUGAGGAGAAUCAAUUCUUGUUACCUGCAAUACGUGACAUAGCUGAGCAAUAUGGUAUAAAGCUUUUAAAUUCUGCAUCAACAAAGUAUAACAGAUCUUCCAAUUCAAGAAACAUAUUUGCUCAAUAUCAUAGUUAUAGAGAUGCUGAGAUUAUUGCUGCAGAAGUUAUGAAAGUUAUUAUUUAUCUGGUUUUUGGGAAGGUUGCAUCAUAUUAUGGAAUUUACUGUAUAGUAUACGUUGUAAAAGUUACUUUUAUUUCAUCCCCCACCCUUUUAUAA